UUUAUAAACAACUCGGCGCGGUGCAUUGUGGUAAAUGUGGUCACUUCCUGCCACCUGGUCUUGCGCAUGCGCAUAGUGCCGUAGGUCUCGGUGCCGGAGCAGUGAGUGAUGCUGCCGCGCGGAAGCGGCGCGCUCGUGCGUGUGUCCGCUGGCCCAGCUGCAGUGAGAGGGAGCCCCUCCGCAUCCGGCCCAACGGCCCCCCCAGGUGUAGACCGGAUCGUCCCAGGUUGUGGAUCAGCCUUACUAUGGCGACCUUUGGAACAGCAGGUAGAAACUUCUAGAAUAUGACGUUCAGAUCCUCGGGGCUGUUCUCAGAGAGAAGAAAACCCGUCUGAAGAACCCAAAACGGUGAAGGAUGAUCGAGGAGGGCAGCCGGCGCUCUAAGGCGGCAGUGGAGAAGCGUCAGCUCUUCAUGGAGAUGAUGACAGUCCAGGGAAGCUGACCGUUUUCUCCAUGAAGACCAUGCUGGCCACCAUGUGUGGAGGGAAAAUCGUGGACAAACUUCGCUACAUUUUUUCCCAGAUCUCCGACUCCAGUGGACUGAUGGUGUUUGCUAAGUUUGACCAGCUGCUCAGGGAGGUGCUGAAGCUCCCCACCGCCGUGUUCGAGGGUCCGUCUUUUGGAUACACUGAACAUUCUCUGAGAAUGUGUUUCCCGCAGCAGAAGAAGAUCCUGCUGAACACGUUUCUGGAUGUGCUCAUGGCAGACCCCCCCCCUCAGUGUCUCGUGUGGCUUCCACUGAUGCACAGACUCGCUAACGUUGAAAAUGUCUUCCAUCCGGUGGAGUGCUCUUACUGCCGGAGCGAGAGCAUGAUGGGUUUCCGGUACCGGUGCCAGCAGUGCCACGGGUACCAGCUGUGUCAGAGCUGCUUCUGGCGCGGCCACGCCAACGGCCCCCACAGCAACCAGCACCAGAUGAAGGAGCACUCGUCCUGGAAAUCUCCGGCCAAGAAGCUGAGCCACGCCAUCAGUAAAUCUCUGGGCUGCGUCCCCAUAGGAGAGCCCCCCCAUCCUGUGUUCCCUGAGCAGGCUGAGAGACCAAUGGAGCCCCCCCACACCGUGAUUCUGGAAAGUCCCAGCCGUCUGGAUGAAGAGCACCGCCUCAUCGCGCGAUACGCCGCUCGGCUGGCAGCUGAAGCAGGGAACUCUGCAGAGCUUGCUGUUGGUCUGUCUUUGCAGCAGCAGUGUCCACCAGCAGACCUGAGCUUUAACUUUGAUGCUAACAAACAGCAGAGACAGCUGAUCGCCGAGCUGGAGAACAAAAACAGGGAGAUCCUGCAGGAGAUCCAGCGUCUGCGUCUGGAGCACGAGCAAGCGUCACAGCCCACGCCGGAGAAGGCGCAGCAGAACCCCACCCUUCUGACUGAGCUCAGACUGCUGAGGCACAGGAAAGACGAGCUGGAGCGCCGCAUGUCGGCGCUGCAGGAGAGCCGGCGGGAGCUGAUGGUGCAGCUGGAGGGUCUCAUGAGGUUGUUGAAGGACGAGGAGCAGAAACAGGCUUCUCAGUCUGGAGGCUCCCCCCAUUCCUCCCCCAGCCAUGUUGCCGGAUGUUCGAUGCCCAUGCCCAUACGCUCCACCUCAGCUGGGUCCACCCCAACCCACACACCCCAGGACUGCUUCUCUGGGGUGGGGGGGAAUGUGCUGGAGGCCUUCGCUCAGGAUGUACCGAGGAACCUCCGGAACGACCUUUUAGUUGCUGCUGAUUCCAUCACCAACACCAUGUCAUCGUUGGUGAAGGAGUUGCACUCGGUGGAUGAUGGAGCUGAGGAAGAGGAGAUGCUGAGGAACGGAGCAGACAGAGUGAGAGCCCCAAAGCCCUGAGGGAUCCAGAAGAAGCACGGCCAUCAUCUGGAAGGAACCGGCCCAAAUGGACUGCCUGACAUUCGCACGUAGAGUCAUGCAUGCAUGCAACAUAGCAGGACUUCUC